AUGACUGAAACCCAAAGAUGGACCAAAAAUGGCAAGAAAAGUACCGAAAAUGAAGAUGAUAGCAAAAGUAACUUGAUUGGUACAUCAGAAGAGCCAUUAAGUGAUUCUGAUAAUAAGUCUAGUAAUAUUGAACAAAAUGAUAGUAUAGAAGCUCAUCAAACAAUAAAUUAUGAGACAGAUUGA